CAGAGCUAGUGGGACAGGGAGGAGGAAAACGUGAGCAACCCCAGCGCCAGCGAGGAGUGAGGAGGAGUGAGGAGUAUUUAACCCAGUGCACACUGCCUCCGCUCUACAUGCUGCCUCUGUGAGGAGUGGGAUCAGGACGCUCAGCAUGUCAACACACACAGACAGAAAUGUGGCCUCUGUGCCCUUUGAGGAUCAGUUCCGGUGCUGCAUCUGUCUGGACAUGUACAUCGACCCCGUCUCCAUCCCAUGCGGGCACAACUUCUGCCUGGACUGCAUCGAAGGCUACUGGGACACGAAGGACAAGCCAGAGUGUCCGCUGUGCAAAGAGGAGUUUCGAACCCGUCCGGAGCUGAGGGUCAACCGAGGAUUUUCUGACAUCAUCGAAUUCUUUAAAAAGUCUAUGUCGCCCACGCCAAUGCAAGAGGAGGAUGUUGUGGAAAUCCCCGAAAACUGGAACCAACUUUCCAAAGCUGAAGAAGUCCCCUGUGGCGUCUGCCACGGGUACAAGGCGACAUCGGUUAAGUCGUGCCUAGUGUGCCAAGUGUCCUACUGUGAAAUCCACCUCACGCCUCACCUGAGGGAUCCAGCACUGCAGAGGCACCGGCUCACGGAUCCGGCCAUCUUCACCACCAGUCACCUGUGCAGGAACCACAACAAGCCCCUGACCCUGUUCUGCAAGCAUGAUCACACGCCGGUGUGCGUCAAGUGCACAGAGAGGGACCAUAAACAGCACAAGAUCGUCCCCAUUGAGAAGGAGAGCAGGAGGAUCAAGACAAAUAUGAGGGAGACAAAUCUCGACAUUCAGAAGAUGAUCCAGGCCAGACUGAGGAAAAUAACGGAGAUCAAAAACUCAGUGAAUCUAAGCAAAAAAUUCACAGAGAAAGAGAUCCAGAACAGUUCUGAGAUGUGUGCCAUGCUGAUAGCUGCCACUGAGAAACAGCAUGCCGAGCUCGUCAAAGAGAUGGAGGAGAAGCAGCAGCAAGCUGAAAGGAGAGCCGAGGAGCUGCUGGACGAGCUGGAGCAGGAAAUCAACAAGCUGCACAUAAGAAGCAGCGAGCUGCAGCACCUGGAGCUCACUCAGAGCCCUCUGCACCUCCUACAGAGUUUCCCUUCCCUGAGCAGGCUCCCAUCCACCAGAGCGUGGUCUGACGUUGCAGUGCACUCAGAUAACUGCACGGGGACGGUCAGGAAAGCCAUGUCAAAGCUGCUGGAUGCCUGCCAGGAACUAGCGAAAAAAGUGUCAACGGAAGAAGCAGACAAGCUCAAUCAGUAUGCAGUUGAUGUCACUCUGGAUCCUGAUACCGCCUCAGGUUGGCUGUUCCUGUCUCCAGAUGGAAAAAAGGUGAGCCUCACCUGCCAGAAGAAGAAGGCUCCACUCCCUGACAUCCCUCAGCGGUUCGACUCCUGCGUCUGUGUCCUGGGGAAACAAAGCUUCACAUCUGGACGACACUACUGGGUAGUUCAGGUUGGAGAUAAAACAGACUGGGAUCUUGGUGUCGCUAGGGAGUCCAUCAACAGAAAAGGUGCCAUCACGGUGCGGCCUGACAGCGGCUACUGGGCAAUCUGUCGGCGUAAAGGUGGCAGUCUGAGUGCCUGCACCGGCCCCUCUGUCACCAUCAGCCUGCAGGAAACCCCUCAGAAAGUCGGCAUAUUCCUGGACUAUGAGGAACGCUCAGUGUCCUUCUACAAUGCAGAGGCAAAGACUCACAUUUACACCCACAGUGAUUGCACAUUCAGUGAGCCUCUGCACCCAUACUUUAACCCCUGUCUUCAAGACAAUGGCAAAAAUGUCUCCCCGCUGAUAAUCUGCCCUGCUGAAAGAAAGGUCAGGGAAGACCCGAACAUAAUUGAGUCGGCCAUGUAAAGCGUCGUAGGAAAAAAAACGACUUGUAGCGAAAACUUUUAACCAUUUUUGGUGUAAUCAAACUCAUUGCACAGUAAUUGCAUCAACAUACUAACCUCAUGAUUCUUUUCAGUUUUACUCCAUGAAACCAUUUACUACCUCUGAGAGGGGAGUCAGACUUUCUGCAACAUAAACUUUGUUUUGAUGUGUAUAACUUGAGAUAUAAAUUUUGAAAUUGAAAACAAAAACUGUUUUCGAAACUUGAAACUGUGAUGUUGUGUUUUCCAUUUAAAGUCAACAUAUUUGUCA